AUGAAAAUGAAAAAUUACAAUAAAUUGCAACAGGAAUAUACUUAUGAUGCUUUUAUAUCAUAUAGUCACACAGAUUCGGUAUGGGUAAAACAGUUUGAUGACAAGGUAAAUAGUAUGGGCUUCGAAUUAUGCCUGGACGCCAAGGACUUUAUUGCUGGUGAAAGUAUAGCAGAAAAUGUUAUAAAUGCAAUCGAUUCAAGCAGAAAAGUUAUUUUUAUUAUAACUCACGAUUUCCUUAUGAACACCUGGGGGGCGUAUGAAAUGGAAAUGACUCGUAUGCAUGCAUUUCAGAGAGGACGAGAAGAUAUGGUUAUUAUUGUUGUAAAGGAUAACAUUACAGUUAGCGAUAUGCCUGAAAUACUAAAAAGUAUUUGGUUUAAAACUAUUUGUAUCCAAUGGCCAAAAAAUGACAAUCUGCCAUACAAUACCAAAGAACAUUUUUAUGAAAAGAUGAAGAUUUCUCUACAACAAAACGAAAAAUCUACAGGGAAUGUAGUUAUAUAG